AUGCACGAACUCCCGAAGGAGCCGGUCGAAGCAAGCCCGACUCCUUUGACAAGAAGAUUCCUAGGAAUGGCAGCCCGAGCCUCCAGCGGUUCGCUGUACUUGGAAGUGCAUUUGUCGAGGCAUGGAUGUUCGACGAUAUUCCCACUCAGACCCCCACAUCUUGUCGGUUACCUCAGCCUCGGUGACAUCUUCGAGGUUGCCGAAGUGCGAACGUUCCGUGAUUCGGGUGUCUUCCUUCGCCUCGCGAACCCGCAGGGCUCGGUGUUUUCACGGUCUCAGUCAGGCACCUUCUGUGUGCAAGUGGAUGAGUCCUGGCGGCAGUACUCCAUUGUUGGGGCAAGUACAAGUCUUUGUACAUGGCAUUACAUGGCCCAGUGGUCUGCAAUGUUCCUGGCAUCAUGCGAUGCAUCUUCGAGUCCUGGUGCUGUCAUCGUCCCCACGACUUGGCGGGCCAGCGCGAUGGAGAUGGUCAGAGAAUUUCUCCAUCGCGCUGGCCUGCUGCCAAGUCGUGAGCAUGAUGACGGCCAGGACUCGAAGAUGGCUCCCAAAGCUUGGCGCUGCUGA